UGGAAUCAACAUGAUUUGAAACACGAUACAGACUUGGACUAGAAAUAUCCAAAAUGGAUUUGAAAUCCAGGAGAACCAGGCUUGUGCAGGACGCGGUAAUGGGAAAUUGACCAAGUCUUGUUGGAUAAAACUAGCAAGACACUAAAUUUGGCAAAGUUUACUACGAACCAACCAUGUCACCACCCAAAUAUAGCACAAAGCCUACAAAUCUCUUCUCUGUGGAUCACAAAAUGAAAGCUAACAAACACUUCAUCAGCAGUUAAUGUUUGUUGGUGAUAAACAUCAAUUAGGGGAGAGAGAGAGAGAGAGAGAGAGAGAGAGAGAUGACAAUAUCAUUAUCAAUAUCACACCAUCACAAAUAUUUCUUGCCAUUUUUCUCAAACACCUUACCAAGCUUUUCGUGUCUCUUGGUCAGCGGGUGUUUCUAUCGCUGCAUACCAUAGCCGCUGCCACGGGACAUGGAAAGUGGUGGCAACCCACCGGCUCGCAAGGUUAUGGUCGUAGCAGACCCAACUAGGGAAUCGGCAGCAGCACUCCAAUACGCCCUCUCCCACGCCGUGUUGGAUCAAGAUGAGCUCAUUCUAGUCCAUGUCAUGAACCCAAAUUCAUGGAAGAACACGUUUCAGAGUUUUCUCAGAUUAUCUUCAUCUUCUGGAUCGUAUGGACCCCCUUCAUCAUCAUCUAUGGAAGGAGUUAAUAUUCCUGGAGAAAAUGUGAACUUUCUUGAGCAAAUGAAGCGUAUAUGCGAGAUGGCUCAGCCAAAGAUGCGGGUGCGUGUAGAGAGGAUGGAGACGGAGAGCAGCAAGGCUGCUGCCAUUCUUCUUAGGAGCGGCACACUUGGUGUGGAUGUUAUCAUUAUAGGCCAACGACGGACUUUUGCCUCUGCAUUACUAGGAUCUAGGCUGCCGGGAGGUUCAAGAGGGGCAAGAGGAGUAGACACAGCAGAAUAUUUGAUUGAGAACAGCAAGUGCACUUGUGUUGCGGUACAAAAAAAGGGUCAGAAUGGAGGCUAUCUUCUCAAUACUAAAACCCACAAGAACUUCUGGCUACUGGCUUAGUCACACUUGAAUUCCAAUCUUCAUCAUUUCCUGCUGUGCAAUAAUUUGACCACAUGAACAUGCUAAAUGUGAAAAUUGACAGACUCGGUGAACCUGA